AUGCUGGGCAUAUGCGCCGCGAGCGCGGAGGAGGGAUUGGCGGCGCUCAAGACGUGGACGGCGGAGUUGGGACUGCCGAAGGGAAAAUUACACGGCAUGGAUAAGGAUGGUAUCCCAGUGGAUCCGCCGAAAGGGGCGGUGUUCAUCAAGUACAACUCACUUUCGGGAGAUGCGUACAUUUCUGGCUACGGUGGGACUUUUCGUGGGGUUUUGUUCACCCCCGAGCUCGACGACGGGGCGUUUCGCCAAUACGGAUAUUUACCGCUCGACGUGUUGCUCUGA